AUGGGGUUCCAGAUCGACACCAUCAAGGCCGGAGACGGGACCAAUUUUCCUAAGCCAGGCCAAACUGUGUCCGUUCAUUACGUCGGUACGUUGACUGACGGAUCCAAGUUCGAUUCCAGCCGCGAUCGCGGUCGCCCAUUUCAAUUUAAGCUGGGCGCCGGUCAGGUAAUUCGUGGAUGGGAUGAAGGUGUUGCAAAGAUGAGUAAGGGUCAGAUUGCUAAGCUCACGCUACCAUAUGAAUACGCUUACGGCGAGCGAGGCCACCCGCCUACGAUCCCACCCAAGGCCACACUUAUUUUCGAAGUAGAACUGCUGUCGUUCAACUAG